UCAGAGGCCGCUGGCCAACGUUUCUUCCUGCGUCAGUAUUUUGUUUUUCCGACGGUUUGCACUUCGUUUUGAGACUGAAAAACCGUUUGCGAGGUUUUUAUUUUGGGCAUCUUGAGAGGCGAAGGACCUGGACAUCGGGACCAUCAUGUCCCCGAGGAAAACGAGACGAGGCCGAGCGAGGGAGGCAGACGAGACCAUCUCCACAACGAUCGACGACUCCCUCGCCCACGUGGAGAGUCCCUCCACGCACUCUCGCUCCCUCCGCGCGCGUCGCCCCAAGAACCCGAAAGAGCCUCCCCCCCAGCUCCCCCCAGCCCCCGAGGACCUCGUCGAGGCCUCGCCCCAGCCCCCGCGUUGUACCCGGCCCCGACGAACGGUCGUCGAGCCCCAGGACCCCAACACCUCCCUGACGACCACUCGCAAGCGGCGCAAGCCCAAGACCUCCGACGAGGAGCCCCCCUCCCCUCCCGGUUCCCCCUCCGCCAAGAGGAACCCCCGAAAGAAGAAGUCAGAGGUCCAAACCCCCCCGGAUUCCCCCCCAGAGGUGCCCCCCAGGCCCGACAAUCCCCCAGACAGUGACGACAACGAAGUGGCGAACGCCUCCUCGAGGAUGCCCCCCAGGUCUGCCCCGACGAACCGCCGGUUCCGUCAGCUCCGGGGGCAGGGGGACUCCCCCAACGACGUGACCCCCGAGAGCUCCCCGAUAACCGUCACCCUGACCCCCCACAGAACGACUAAGACCCCGAGGAAGUCCCCUGUGAACCUGGGCUCCCCGAAGACCCACUCCCUCUCCCCCCGGCGUCACUCCAAGACCCCGAGGAAGCUCUCGGUGGUGGCGGCCUCACCAGCCCCCUCCGACCACUCCUCGACGACGGGGACCCCGAACGAGCCCCGAAGAACCCCGAGGUCACCCCCGAAGCCCGAAAAAUCGAAGAACCGAACGACUUUGCACUCGAAGACCCCGAAGAUCGUCCUCAGGAAGUCGAAGUCGAAGAGUCCCCCCUCUGCACGUGGGUCGAAGGUCAGAGGAUCCUUCAAGAAGUCUCCGACCCCCAAGGGGCCGAAUUCACCACCUGAAAAAUGGAAAUCUGAGGUGGGGGAUUCCCCGAAAAAUGCGGAGGUUCCUGAGGAGAAGUCGGUCCAGGUGCUCCUGCAGAGGAUCUCGCCGCAGGUGUCGCCGCAGGUCCAGCCGUCGCCGAAGUCCCCGAGACUUACGUCUCGUCUCCACAGCCUGGUGAGGUCUGAAUUUCGGUCGUCGACUCCUCGAGAACGAGCCCGGGAGGUCCAGGAGUCCUUGAGUGUCUCAGGGACGUCUCCGUUGAACGUCAGUAAGUUUUACGGGUCCCCCAGGGGCUCCAGGAGCGCCUCGAAGUCGCUUCUCCUGGAGGACGAGUCCAAUCCGAUGGUCAGUGGGGACGACUCCUUCGGGAUCAGUGGGAUCAAGCCUGCGGAGGACGACGGGGAGGAGGGGGGGGACAGGGAGGCGACCAGGAGCAUCCAUAAGGACAGUACUUAUGAGCUGGCGGAGCCCAAGACCCCCAAUCUGAGGAGGCGGGGGAACUUGGGGGAUGGGACGUACGAGCUGGACGAACCCAAGACUCCGGGGCUCCUCAAGAGCAGUAGGAAGAGGAGUCUCGAGGGCGGGGAGUCACCUGGGGAGUCCAAGAGGGUCUGCAGGGUGAGGUUCGCCAGUCCUGGGGGGGCGACCCCCAAGAAGAGCCCGAAGGUGGUGAUGAGGUCCAGAUCGGCGACCCCUAGCUCGAAGCUCCUGAAGAAGCGAAGCCCCCAGGGAGUCGGUACAUUGAGAAGACGCUCAAACUCCCUAUCGACCCUGAUGAAGUCCCCAAGAUCAGUCCUGAAGCCCUCAGGACCCGACGCCAGUGGAAAGUGGAGCCAGAAGGCCCAGAACGAGUCCGUCACUCGUUUGAGCAAGCCUAGACUCUCCAUCAGUCUCAACGACGCCGACAAGAAGAAGAAGGGCACCUCCUCCGCGAAGAAGGUCCCCAACUUCGCUCAGAUACACCAGAAGAAGUUCGAGAAGAUGGAGUCGCUGGUGGACGCCAAGAGGAGGAUCGAGGUGAGGCACAACGCCCUGACCAGCUCCAACAUCGGGAACAUCAAGGGACAGGAGGUGACGACUUCUGGAAAACCCAAGGAGGAAGAGGAGGUCGUGAAGGCCAGGAUUAUGACGGAGCCCAAAGCUGGGUUCAACAGAUUUGGCUUCAGGAUUCAGAAUCAGGCUGGAGCCAAGAAGAACGAGGGGUACAACAGGUUUGGGUUCAAGGUGAGGAAGGAGGAGGCGACGAAAAUCGUGUCCAGACCUAAUGCUGCGAAACUCGAGGAGAGGAAGGAGGUCAAGAGGAUGGCGCUCAAGGGGGUCAGGACUAAUAAACGGUUUGAAUUGUUGAUGAAGUCGAGGAAUAUGAAGUAGGGGUCGACUUAGAUGAUUAAGUGUUUGAAUAUUUUAAGGGAAACAGAAUAUAAAAAGUUUACUUGAAGUGGCAGGGAAGGUGAAGUAAAAUGAAAAUUAAAUCGUCAAUAUCUCCUCGCCCAAUGAUGCAAUUGGGAUCAAUCAGAGCGCUUUUUGAAGGUAUUUCAGGCUUCAAAAUGAAAAAAAAAUUAUUGGGUUCCACUCUGCGGAUCUUGAAUUAUUGAUGAUAAGUUUUACUUCUCUUUUUCCUAAAACGGAUUAAGUAUAUAGUUUUGAUAUAAUAUUCUCGGUUUUUAUGAGGUUUUUAUUUGAUUAUGAAGUAAUUAGGGUUCGAAGGGUCAAGACAUUUUUUAUGGAAAUUCUAUUCCACUCAUUAAUGGGGUAAUUAGUAAAAGUGUGUAAUCACCAAAGAUUUCGAUGCCGUUUUAAAUUCGUUUCUUUAUCAUCAAUUAUCUCGUUAAUGAAUUGCUGCGGGAGAAAAUGUCACAGACCAUUUAUUGUCGGGAAUUUAAUUCCCCACAAAAAAGGUAUUCAGACAUUUUCUCGCGAAAUCACUCGUUUCCGAGAUAAAUCGUCAAUUGCAAAGACCACUUCACUGAUUUUAUUCCUCGAUUGAAUUCUAAAUUCAUAUGUAAUGAAUGAAUUGUACAGUUUUAGGACAGAGGAAUUUAGUUAUUUCUGGGGUAGUUAGGACGAGGGUAGAGUUGGGUAAUGGAUAUCACAUAACGCUGUAUUUUCAUAAUUGCGUGAUUACAUAGUCCAAUGUAUAAUGUAAUUAUUUGGUAAGUUGUUACGACUGUUUGUGAAGGAGUGAAAUGAAUAAACGAUAAUGCCUUGAGAGAA